AUGAGCGCUCGGGAGGAGGUGUCUGUCUGGGGAGCGGGUUUGGGCCCGGAGGGCGGGGGGCAGGCCAGCGUCCUCCCCGCCGGCCCCCGGGCCCCGCGGGCCCCGGCACGAGGUCUGGAUCUGGGGCCGCCGCCCAGCGGCGAGGGCGAGGGCGGGUUCCCAGACGCCGAGAGCUUCGAGUCCGAGCGGGAAGUGAUGGAAGCGGGAGGGCGGGUGCUGUGGGGCCGCGAAGGCCGCCCCGGCUCUCCGGCCGACGACGAGGGGGACGCCCCGGACUACGCGUGCCACCUCGCCGACGAGUCCGCGGCGGACACGGCGCAGCAGCUGACAGACCGCGAGGCCCUGGGCCUGCGGAGAAAGCCGUCCCCGGAGAGCUGCGGCGCGGAGGCGUCGGGCGGUUGGGCCGGCGUCGAGGCAGGGCCCAGUGGGCGAGGCGCGCUCGCCCUGGGCCGCGUGGAGUCGCGGCCGCCUUCCGCCGCCCGGCUGCACGUCGGUGGGCCCGAGGGGGGCCGGGCCUGGGGGAACCCGACAGGAGGCGCCAAGGGCCCGUCGACCGUCCGGGUGGAUCGCCAGCGGCCCGCGGCCGCCGAAGGCCCCGGCGGGCUGCCCUCCGACCCCGAGUCCUCAGAUGAGUUCAGCGAGAUACAGCUGAUGAGGGUGAGCAUUUACUCCAAAGAAGGCGGCCCAGCCAAGCCCAACAGCCCCGAGGAUCCCGGGGACACAGCCAGACACGCGAAUUUCCACGUCAGGGAGAAUUUCCUUCACGUGCCGGGCCCUUUCCUGACCUCCGCUGCCCGAGGGUUCACUUCGGUAGUGGAGAGGCCGGCCGUUGGAGAGCUGGACAUCUCCUCCUCUAAGAAAAUGCCAAGUGUGGUCUGGGGGAAGGGGGAGAGCAGGCCCAGCUACCGGGGAGCUGCUGCUGUUGCUGCUGCUGCAGGCGGCCUGCCCCAGGCCCCCUCGAGGAGGAAGGCGGCCCAGGAGAAGAAAUGCCUAGGGGGGGCCUCAAAAGUGGCCCCGGGCAAAAGCUUCCCUUCCUGGGGGCAGAGAGUGUCGGCUGCUCCCCUGGAACCAGCCACCUUCCCCCCAAUCUCCGGUGUCCCGCUGCUUGGGAGGUCCAAGAGGUAUUCCUUGGUCCCUUCGGGACCCAAACAGUCCAAGCACGCGGGCGCCGCCGGCAAGAAAUCUGUGGCCAGGAGGACGCGGGAGGCCGAGGUGGGGGCCGCUGCGGGAGAAGGCAGUGACUCGAACAGAGACGCGGUCCUCCCAAAGGGCCAACUUCCAACACGGAGGCCAGGCCCAUCUUCGUGCAUGCAUCGCAAGGUGUGCAGCAGCGGCGACCUCCACACCAGAGCCCCCCGAGUUCCAGGAAGCUCGGAGCCCUUGGCCCUGAGCCAGGGAGACGUCCUGCACAGAGGGCCUGCCCUCGCCGGUGACCAGGAGCCGCCGGGCCAGCCCGCAAGGCCAGGAAGGCAGCAGGAACCACCGGCUGGCGCACAGGGCUGUCUGCGGUGUCUGGUGCUACAGAGGGAAAUAGACGACCUUAAAGAGCAGCUUGCGGCCAUGCAGUCCCUGACUGACAAGGGCCAGAGCCUCUGA